CUGGUGGCUCGACAGAUUAGCCGCCGAGGGGGAUGCUGGCGGGCGCAUCAUUGGCUCAGCGCAAAGGCCCCAACGGUGCAUGAGGGGCAGCUCUCCGCGAAUAAUCAGUCGGAAAUGGUUGAUCUCCUCCUUCACAGUGCUGCAGGUUUGGCCUUCCCUGAACCAUGCGAUACCCUAGGGUUGCAGGUGGCUGCUACUAGCACCAGGUCUGGCUGUGUGUCGCUUUUCCAACUGCCGGUGGGGACCC